UACAAGGAAGUAUAUCUGUAGACAACAAAUGCUAACUAGCAUUACCAGCAUAUGCUACAUGUUAUGGUAGUAACAGAAACAUGAUAUGAUGAUUUCUCAGCAGCGGCUUUUCUAACAACACUCUACCCUGGCGGGUUAGCAUCUAAAAGACCCAGUAAGUUGUUGGUUGGUAUUCAGCCUUAAGUCUGAGAGGACAGCAGUAUUUCCAAGCCACACCAAUGUCUUCUGGCUGUCCACCCCAGUCCCCUGCUGUGGCAAAGUUGGAGGUAGCAAUAGAGGGAGAAUGCCCACUGCUCGCUGCCACGUUUGCCUACUGGGACAACAUCCUUGGACCACGGGUGCGCCAUAUCUGGGCUCCAAAGGGUGACCAAGUAAUGUUCCUCAGUGACGGAGAGGUCACGUUUUUGGCCAAUCAUACACUUAAUGGAGAGAUCCUGCGUAGCGCUGAGUGUGGUGCAGUGGAUGUGAAGUUCUUUGUCCUGGCAGAGAAGGGCGUCAUCAUUGUGUCCCUCAUCUUUGAUGGCGAGCUGAAGGGGGACAAGAACACCUGUGCCUUGUCUAUUAUCCUGCCUCAGACAGAGCUGGCCUUCUACCUACCUCUGCACACAAUCUGCGUGGAGAGGCUAAAACACGUUAUCCGCAAGGGACGUAUUUGGAUGCAAAAGGGCUACAACAUCAUAUCAGUGCUGAGUUUGGAGAUCAUCCCCAUCAUGGAGCUUUUGGCCUCCAUGAAGACACACAGCGUGCCAGAGGAUAUAGAUAUAAAAGACACGGUGCUAAAUGAUGAUGACAUCGGGGACAGCUGCCACGAGGAUUUCCUCCACAAGGCCAUCAGCUCUCAUCUCCAGACGUGCGGCUGUUCAAUAGUGGUUGGAAGCAACCCAGAGAAAGUAAAUAAGAUUGUGCGAACGCUCUGCCUCUUUCUGACCCCCACUGAGAGGAAGUGCUCUCGCCUCUGCAAGGCUGACUCGUCCUUCAAAUAUGACACAGGCCUGUUUGUUCAGGGUUUGCUAAAGGACUCAACGGGAAGCUUCGUCUUGCCUUUCCGCCAGGUGCUCUACUCACCCUACCCAACAACGCACAUCGACGUGGACAUCAACACAGUGAAACAGAUGCCGCCGUGCCAUGAGCACACAUACAACCAGCGGCGCUAUAUGCGCUCAGAGCUAAGUGCGCUUUGGAGGACAGACAGCGAAGAGGACAUACCUCCUGAUACAGUCAUUCACACUGAUGAAACCUUCACACCUGAUCUGAACAUAUUUCAAGACGUCAUGCACAAAGACACUUUGGUGAAGUCAUUUAUAGAUGAGGUGUUCAUGCUGAAGCCGGGCCUGUCCCUGCGGAGCACCUAUCUGGCCCAAUUCCUGCUGCUGCUCCACAGGAAGGCCCUCACACUGCUCAAGUACAUCGAGGACGAAACGCAAAAAGGGAAGAAGCCAUUUCGGUCCCUACGUAAUUUAAAGUCCGACCUGGAUCUGACUGUGGAAGGAGACCUGAACAUAGUAAUGUCCUUUGCUGAGAAGCUGAGGGCCGGACUGCACUCGUUUGUGUUCGGGAAGCCGUUCUACACCAGUAUGCAGGAGCGAGACGUGCUCAUGAGCUUCUGACUCUUCUCUUUUCAGUUGCACUUUACGUAUUGGAGGUUAAUGGAAUUUUGCUGUCGUUGCGUUUUUUUUUCUUGGUUGUUCUAUCAUUACAUAAAAGCAUGCACAAUUGUACUCUUUAUACAAAACAACCAGUAGCUUGAAUAUUUGUUUCUGUUGUGUUGAAUAGAAAAUAACACUUUGCCUUUUGUGUCUUCAGAAAUACACUGCAUGAUUAUAAAGACUGAUAUUAUUGCUGUUAUGAGCCAUUAACGUUAAAGUUCUGAUCUAUUGCCUUGACCAAUUCUAAGCGUAAUGUGAGUUUAAUGUUUUUCGAAGACUUAAAUUAUUCUCUGCGGGUUGAAUUAUUCAUGUCUUCUAUGCCUUCUGCUAAUAGAGGGCCUGUAUUAAUUUUGUGGUAUUAAAAGUGGCAGAGGUGCCCACCAGGACUUUGGCAAUUUAAUUUAAAAUUAAACUGCCUUUGUCGUACAGCAUCCUCAGCUGGCCUUCAAUUGUGAGCUCUUUUUUUAAAAAUUAUUAUUAAAUUAUUUAUAGUGCGUCCUAGCUGAGAGUGAUACAGAUCAAAUGACAUUAGAAUCAUUAAGUAUGGACAUAUCUUUUAAACAAAAACAAAAUUACUAUAAAUGAAAUCUGAUUGCACCAUCUUGUCUGUGUCUGUAGCUGACAGUGAAUGUUAUCAUUAAAUGCGUU